AUGGCGUUCAGGCGGCACUUCUCUCGCGUCGGCUCCGCCGAGCGCUGCACAGAGACCAUCUUCACUGACCACCAACGACAGGUGUGCGACUACGCGCUCGUCUACGCGGAGAAGAAGAACGACGGCGAAGCGCCGUACUCGGUCUCCUUCACCGCGACGCAGAGCGGCGACGUCAUCGUACAGCUGCACCCGCACUCGCAGCUCGAGCGCGCUGGCCGCGGUGCCAGGGGCUGUGCCGAUGCUGGACCCCGUCUCGUUGACAAGAACGCGCUGUCCGCGCGCGGCAGCGGGCCCUCGCGCCAGUCGCGCUCGCCGUCGCCCGACUCUCCGCCCGCCAAGCGGGCCGCCUCCGCUGACUCGUCCGGCUAUGAAACCGAUACGCCGGACGAGGUGCAGCAGGAGGCGGUCCGCAGGGUAUGCGGCGCGCUCGGCAUGAGGGAGCAGUUUGAGGCGGCGAUGGCGGCGGGCGAGCUGCUCGAGAUGCUCGAGAGCUUGCCGCGAGGGGCGGUCGAGGCCUCUGUCCGACAGAUGCGGGGUUACAACCGCACGGGCGAGUGGCCAGAGCCCAUUCUCACCAGCCCUGCCCCGCAGCGCGGCCGCUCGCCAAGCCCCGUCGAUGAGUGGUCAGAUGGUUAG